CUCAUUUGCAUUAACGUCAGUAAAGGCUGUAGGUCAAUCCUUGCGGGUGCUUUUAUUGGAUGUGCCGCUGUCAAGCAGUGCUGAAGAAUUGGAAGGGCAAACGCCAGAAAAGGCAGAGAAAAGACAAACAUUAAAUCAGCAUUAUGUAGCUCGAUUCUGCCUUACCUCCGUCCGCGUCAGCCUAAAAUAAUCCGUCCCCGCUUUCAGAUCUGAAACUUGUGGACACGGAGCGGUCUUUUUUUUCUUUCUUUUUUUAAAGAUUUUUUUUCCUCCUCCGUGUGUCUCUUUCAAGCGAGUGCAUUCUCCAGAGGAGGUACCUCCACACAUCACAAUUUGACAGCCUCUACAUCCUUUUUUUUUUUUUUUUUUUUUAACCUCCAGAAUGAGAGAAAAUCGCGGAGCCUGGUAACACCGUAGCCAAUUGCACCCGGGUUUUGGACCUCUUAUAUCAGGCGGAACAUCCUCAACCGGGCAGCGGAUGCCUGAAUGAAGACUGCGAACCAUCCACGAAGAUUUCUCUGCUUUCUAAACAUGUGAAUUUUGGGCUGGUAAUUGGAGUGGUCUGUCGGGCUACAUGGCAUUAUGUUUUAUAAAGGGUGUUUGACAUGGGAGCGACCGACCAGAAUAACACUCUGCAGUGUGAAUAUUUCAGCCUGUUGAUGAUGAGCCGCUCAGGACUGGAGCAAAGUGUCGUGAGAAUCGGUUUAUGGCCCGUGUCUUGAGCUGAAGAGGGCAAUCAGAUUGUUGAAGAGAGAGCUAAAAAGAAAAAAAAAGAAAAAAAAAGCAUCAUCUUUUGAUGGCUCCGAUGUGGGAGAAAACGUUUGCACAUAAAAGCUUGGACACAAAAAAUGGAUAAAACUAAUGCAUGAAGCUGACGGGGGGACUGCAUGGUGUGUUUUGGGCCUAUUUGAUAACAGUGAAGUUGAGGAAAAUGAGAAAAUUGUGAUGUGGUACGAAGAAGGCCAGAGAGGAGCCCUAGUGAGGGAUCAAAUCGUCCAUGGGGAUCUGAGCAGCUGAAGAAUAACGGAAAGCAAGUUUUCGAGGACAAGACAGCUGCUUUGAUUAAAAAUCUCCAAUUAACUUCUGUGAAAAACAGAGGGAGGAAAUCAGCUUCCUGAUCGGGGGGUGGGGGUUAGAUAGAUAUAUUAUUCAUGCCUUGUGUUAGAGCAAUUGGAGAGCCGGCUUUGCUGUGGCCUAGAUGAUACAUACAUAUAUGUAUUUAUACUAAAAAAGAACCCUAGGAGGAAGAGUGGACCUUCACAAAGCACAAAGAAGGCGAAUGACACUCUUGUAGCCUCAAAGUAAAGCACUUGCGCAAAAAGAAAAAGGCUGAAGUGGGUUGAAGCAUGGGCUGUGCUUCAAGUAUUCAUAUAUCUGAUAGGGUGGUCUACCACAGUGGAAAAGAGUCCGAGGAUUCCCACUCACCCCAGCAGACUAAUACCACUCAGCAUCAAGGAAAUCCUGCCUCUGGACUACCCCUAAAACCCCCAAGCUGCAAGACCACAUUAACAGAGGUGCAAUUUGGACCAAUGAAGUUAUUUAAAGACCCACUUCAGGUACUUUUAGUUUUUGCCAAAGAGGAUAGUCAGAGUAAUGGCUUCUGCUGGGCUUGUGAGAAGGCCAACUACAGGUGCAGCAUGGCGCGGACACCUGAGUCGGCUCUUGAAUGCUUCUUGGAGAAGCAUCAUGACCUUGUCAUCAUUGACCACAGACAUUCCAGACACUUUGACGCUGAAGCACUAUGCCGGUCAAUUAGAGCAGUCAACUCUUCAGAAAACACUGUGAUAGUCGCCGUUGUGAAAAGGCCAGACAGAGAGGAAGCCUCUGUAAUGCCACUGAUCAAUGCCGGCUUUAAUAGGAGAUAUGUGGAAAAUGCCAAUAUGAUGACCUGCUACAAUGAGCUGCUAAUGUUGGAGCAUGGAGAAGUGCUAGCACAGUUCAAACUGAGGGCUGGCAAUGCUAUUUUCACAGCGCUGGAACAAAGCCAAGACGCCAUAGAGAUCACUUCUGAAGAUCAAGUUAUUCAGUAUGUGAAUCCUGCCUACGAGUCCAUUAUGGGCUACCAACAAGGGGAGCUAAUAGGGAAAGAAAUAAUAGAAGUGCCUAAAAGUGAGAAGAAUAAGCCUGAUCUCCUUGAAACAAUAAACUCCUGUAUACGGAAAGGAAAGGAGUGGCAGGGGAUUUAUUAUGCCAAAAAGAAGAACGGAGACAGCAUUCAGCAAAAUGUGAAGAUCACACCUGUAAUUGGACAGGGAGGAAAAAUCAGACACUAUGUGUCUAUCAACAGGCCUUUAAAUGAUAAUAAUAAGAGUGAUAAAUCCAGUGAACGUGUGCAAGCAGAGUCUCAGACAGACAUACAAUCCAGUAAGCACAAAGACCGGAGGAAAGGCUCUCUGGACGUUAGAUCCACAACAUCUCGUGGGAGCGAUGGGAGCUCACAGAGGAGACACUCCUCAAUGGCCCGAAUUCACUCCAUGACUAUAGAGGCUCCCAUCACCAAGGUAAUAAACAUCAUAAAUGCAGCACAGGAAAGUAGUCCUAUGCCAGUGGCAGAGGCUUUGGAUCGGGUGCUGGAAAUCCUGAGGACUACAGAGCUCUACUCCCCACAGCUGGGCACCAAGGAUGAAGAUCCCCACACAAAUGACCUUGUGGGGGGGUUGAUGACGGAUGGUUUACGCAGAUUGUCAGGAAAUGAAUACAUCCUUUCCACAAAGCAGCCCCACCAUCUCCCCAGCCACCUGACAACCCCUCUGUCACUAAAUGACAUCCCCCCUCGUAUUGCACAGACUAUGGAGAAUGAGGACUCUUGGGACUUUGACAUCUUUAACUUAGAAGCUGCAACCAUAAAACGACCUUUGACCUACUUGGGCCUGAAGAUCUUCUCCCGCUUUGGGGUUUGUGAAUUCUUAAACUGCCCUGAAGCUACUUUGCGCUCCUGGCUUCAAGUGAUUGAAGCUAACUACCACUCCAGUAACUCCUACCACAACUCCAGCCAUGCAGCUGAUGUUUUGCAUGCAACUGCAUAUUUUCUCUGCAAGGAGAGGGUCAAGCAAAGUUUGGAUCCCAUUGAUGAGGUGGCUGCCCUGAUUGCUGCUACCGUGCAUGAUGUGGACCACCCAGGCCGCACCAACAGCUUCCUAUGCAAUGCAGGAAGUGAGCUGGCUAUUCUCUACAAUGACACAGCUGUAUUAGAGAGUCACCAUGCUGCACUGGCCUUCCAGAUCACCACAAGAGACGAUAAGUGCAACAUCUUCAAAAACAUAGAAAGGAAUGAAUAUCGAACGUUACGACAGGCCAUCAUAGAUAUGGUGCUUGCAACUGAGAUGACCAAACACUUCGAACAUGUCAACAAAUUUGUGAACAGCAUCAACAAGCCACUGGCUGCUUUGGAAGAGAAUGGGGGGAACAGUGAUGAGGAAUCUGUCAAAAGCAUCCUGACAUCCCCUGAGAAUCGCAUCCUUGUCAAGCGGAUGCUGAUUAAGUGUGCAGACAUUUCCAACCCAUGCAGGCCUCAGGAGCUCUGCAUAGAAUGGGCAGGACGGAUCUCAGAGGAGUAUUUUGCACAGACUGAUGAGGAGAAGAGACAAGGUCUACCAGUGGUUAUGCCUGUCUUCGACAGAAACACAUGUAGCAUCCCAAAGUCCCAGAUUUCCUUUAUAGACUACUUCAUUACAGACAUGUUUGAUGCAUGGGAUGCUUUUGCAGACCUACCUAAUCUUAUGCAGCACUUGGACAACAACUUCAAGUACUGGAAAAGCUUGGAUGAGCGGAAGCUGCACAGCCUGCGACCACCUCCAGAGUAGGUGCUGCAGUGUUUGGCCCUGACACUCUGCAGUCCAGGGCAGACCUCCUCUCUCUCUCGCUGGGGCGUCUCUUUCCCUGCCAGCCCAGCCAGCCAGCCACAGGGCCUCCAUGCCUUCACUCUCCUGCUUCUGUAGCGCGCCGAGCGUCCACAUGUCCGUCCAUACAGAAACCACAGAGAGACUUCCUGAUGCAGCAGUAAUGUUGCUGGCUUCGCAAGCCUGUCCGAUGAGAACUGUGACAAAAAGACACGGACAUACAGCAUCCUUAUGAACUUUUAGUGCCUCUCAGGCAUUCGCAGUGUAGCUGGUCAAGUGAAAUGACUGAAAUAGGGUCCUCACAGGUCUCCUGGCAAAGCAUCUGACCUCUGAUUACCACAUAGGCACUCCCGUCUGCCUGUGAAGUUGCUAAUAGAGUAAAAACUGCUUGUUUACUGAAGGAGUGGAUGGAAGUGUGGUCUGCAUAUGAAGGUGUCUAGUCCACGUCAGGCCAUGUAAUCACUUUUGACCUCCACCCCUGCUCGCAGCGAAGCAGGACUACUCCUUCAACCUCUGGAGGCCACACCAUGAAAGAACACUCCACUGCUUUUCUUUUGUUUGUUUGUUUUUUUUUUUGUUUGUUUUCAGGCAAUAUUUUUGCGUGUCCUUCAGAAACACAACCAAGAUGACACCUAGAUGUCAAAACAGACAUGAGAGGGGAUGCUUCCUUAAUGGGUCAGGGAGUGGACCUUCAUUCUGGGCCACUGCUGAGAGACAAAAACCUCAACAUCUUGAUCAUAGUGUCUAAUUACAGAUGAUUUGGUAUGCUAAUUUUUCUUAGAUGUUCCAUAUUUUCUAUAUUAAAUUCCAUAAAUGAAUUAGUUGAUAAAGAAGAAAAAAAUAAAGUAAAAAUAGAGAAAAGCCAAAGCUAAUUAAGACAAAUACUACUAUAACUCUCAAAAAUUCACAAUUAUUAUUCAUAUGAAGCAUUACCUUGUUAAACAUUUUUAUUUUCUUAUCGAGAGUACAGUACCAGUUUGAAUGAACACUUUUGUAUUGCACUGUAAACAAUAUUAGAAAUGUCUACGUCUCAGUGAUUUGUCCAGGGAUGGGAUGUUGCAUUGGAGAAUAAGCUGUUAUAGUUGAUCAUCAGGAGAUUGUGUAUGUGUGUUUACGUGUGUUUUUGUGAGCGAGAAUGUGUGGGAGUCUUUUGGUUGUUGGUGCGAGUGUGUGGGUGUAUUCAUUGUUGCAACAAUCCCUUACUCUUGGUUUAAUGCUGUAAACCGCUUGACAUUUGACAACAGCAGAAAUAUGUGAAAACAUUUUGGACUUGAAAAUUUUUUCUCCCAGAAAUUUUUGUAUCUGGUUUAUCCUACUGAAAAGACUGCCUUAUUUUAUACAAUAUUUAUACAGUACAUCCCACUGUGCAACUGCAACAGACAUCCGGAGUUUUUAUUAUAACAUAGUCAGAAGGUUAUGUUCAAGUAAAUUUCAAUAUUUUUAUAGACAAUGAAUUUUACACUGGAUUUGCAGCAGAUGAGAUCAACCAUUUUAGCUAUCUGAUUACCUGUGAAUAAGAAAGUCACACAGAGCAUGUAUGCAGAGAACUAAAUGGUAAAGCAGGAUGUGGAUUGCAGAGUUGUCUAUCACUGUCUUUAAGCAGUCUCCUAGAGGCCAGCUUACAUUAAGUUUUGAUCAAACAUCAUUCUAUUUUGGCCACUUGUCCAACAUCUUUAUGCACAGACCCAGGGAACAGUUUUUUUGUUCAAGGUUGGAUUCAGAUUAGGAUACUAAUAUAUGUUAAAGAUUGUUGCUUAUUAAGAAUAUUUCCUCUUUAAACAGUAUAUAAAUGCCAUAACAAGCUAAGCAAGUGGUGGUUAAUAAGAUGCAUUGACCACAAUUAUCUUUGUUUCUCUCUUAUGACAGAACUGUACACUCAAUCAGGGGAUUUGUUUGUUCCUUCUGAUUCACAUUUUGGUCUGAAGGCACGGAAAAAAAUAGAAACUAUUCAAUGAAAAAUAAAAUAAUGUCAACUAUA